CACUCAGCCAGGAAUGACCUUGGCAGUUGUCACCCUCAUGUCAACAGAGGGAGCCCUAACUCUGCAGUCCCCUUGGGUCCAGAGCUGGCUGGGACUGAAGCUAUUCCUGCACUCAGCAGCUGACCCCACAGAAGGACAUCCCAAGAAACACCCGGCACUGGGACCUGGUGACAGUGGUGGCUGGAGUCCUAGGGGUCAGGAGGGAGCUUCCCAACACUCAGGCUUUUCUCUAGGUGGAGGGCCAGGAGGGAGUGUUUGGGACAAAGAGGAGGAGCCAGGGUCACUGCUCUGUUGUUCUGAUCUAGUCGGGCACACUGGACGUCCUGGGAUGGGGCAGCCUACAGUGUGCAGUGUCUCCCUUCAAAACCAGCCUGCUGCGUGGCCCUAAAUUAGGCUUAUCUGGAGUCUACCCCGGAGCCAAUCCCUGGUCUUACAGAGGUGGAGGGGAGGAGAGACUUGGUGGGGCACACUGGGAGCCCCAGCCCGGCUUGGAGAGACUCUGGAGGCCCCCUGUCUCCAUCUUAGAGGAACCCCAGCUUCCUUCUGCUCCCCGUGCCGCCCGCCCCGAGCCAGGCCUAGGCUGCCGGCAGGUUGUCUUGGCAACGGGAGGCGGAGAGGAGAGGCACGGAGAGAUGGAGGUGGAUGUCAUCGCUGAGGCUGCUGCGCUCCUGCCCCACGCUCCAGGCCCUUGAAGCCACUCAGCCACCUGCCUCAUCACCAGUCCUUUCUGUCAGGAGCCACCCCUCAGGUCAAUGCUUCUGCGAAAACGCGGCAGCCUGGAAACCAGAGCCCGCACCUCUGGGGCCUCCCAACGCCUGGGCCAAACGGGCUGGGAAGAGACGCGAGUUGCCGAGGGAUGAGGACGCGUCCGGGCCGUGCCACGCCCUCGCCGCGGGAUCCGGCCCGCGCCUGACCGGCUGUCCGCGCCCGUCCACCCGCCCGAGGGUGCCGCCUAGUGGCCGCUCCCGCGCAGCACGCUGGGCCCCGAGGCCUAGGGCAGACCCGCGCCCCCGCCCUCGCAUCCACGCACACGCCCACUCGGCCGCCUUCUGCUCUCCCCAGCACCCUCUUACCUCCCCCGGGAGCGUCAGCUCCUCCCGAGACUCCAGUGUGCCUGGCUCUCCUUCCAGCAUCGUGGCCAAAAUGGACAACCAGGUGCUGGGCUACAAGGACCUGGCUGCCAUCCCCAAGGACAAGGCCAUCCUGGACAUCGAGCGACCCGACCUCAUGAUCUAUGAGCCCCACUUUACCUACUCCCUCCUGGACCACGUGGAGCUGCCCAGAAGCCGGGAGCGCUCUCUGUCACCCAAAUCCACAUCCCCCCCGCCAUCCCCGGAGGUGUGGGCAGAGAGCCGGACCCCUGGAAUCCUCUCCCAGGCUUCAGCCCCGAGAGCCACAGGGACUCCCCGGACCAGCCUGCCACACUUCCACCACCCUGAGACCACCCGGCCGGAUUCCAACAUCUACAAGAAGCCGCCCAUCUACAAGCAGAGAGAGUCCAUGACGGGCAGCCCCCAAAGCAAGCACCAGAUCGAGGACCUCAUCAUCGAGUCGUCCAAGUUCCCUGCAGCCCAGCCCCCGGACCCCAACCAGCCUGCCAAGAUUGAGACCGACUACUGGCCGUGUCCCCCAUCACUGGCCGUUGUGGAGACCGAGUGGAGGAAGCGGAAGGCAUCACGCAGGGGCGCUGAAGAAGAGGAGGAGGAGGAGGAUGAGGACUCUGGAGAGGAGAUGAAGGCACUCAGGGAGCGGCAGAAAGAAGAGCUCAGUAAGGUUACUUCCAACUUGGGAAAGAUGAUUUUGAAAGAGGAGAUGGAGAAGUCAUUGCCGAUCCGGAGGAAAACCCGCUCCCUGCCCGACCGGACACCCUUCCAUGCUUCCCUGCACCCAGGAACAUCUAAGUCUUCUUCUCUUCCCUCAUAUGGCAGGACUGCUCUGAGCCGGCUACAGUCCACAGACUUCAGCCCAUCGGAGAGGGAGACCGGAAGCCCAGGCCUCCAGAACGGAGAGGGCCAGAGGGGGAGGAUGGACCGGGGGAACUCCCUGCCCUGUGUGCUGGAGCAGAAGAUCUAUCCCUACGAAAUGCUGGUGGUGACCAACAAGGGCAGAACCAAGCUGCCUCCGGGAGUGGACCGAAUGAGGCUUGAGAGGCACCUGUCUGCGGAGGACUUCUCGAGGGUCUUUGCCAUGUCUCCUGAAGAGUUCAGCAAGCUGGCCCUGUGGAAGCGGAAUGAGCUCAAGAAGAAGGCGUCCCUCUUCUGACUGCUCUGCCCCUCUCUGUGAUGCCCUGCUCCCCACUGCUUCAGGGCUCUGGAGCUGGGGCCCCGGACCCCACAGCUUCCUCUCCCCCUAGCGGGCUGGGUGCAGCAGCAGAGGUUGGUGGAGCUGGUGGUCUGGGCUCCGCUCCUCAGGGAGGGGGAGCCCUGCCCUCUGCCAUGCCAGGCUGGCAGUUGUGGACUUUCUGACCCCUGGUGAGCCAGGGCGCCUUCUCUUUUCCUGGUCCCCACUGCCCAGCCCAACCCAGCCUGGCCUCCAGCACAGAGUAAGUGAACGCACCCUCUCCCUGCCUGUCACCCCCAUACGAAGGUCCCUAGAAGAGAGUGAGGACAAACAAAAGAGGGGAUUGAGCAGUCUGUCAGCUGUGCUGCCCACCGGGUAGCACACAGCCAGGCUGAGACAGCCCCAGGGACCUGUGCACACCCACCUGAGCCUGCACCCUGCACCCAGGCCAGAGCAGUCGGGCCUCCAGCAGGGCGCCCCACCCCGCCAGCUUGCCUGGUCCUCAGUGUACCACCCUCCAGCUUUGAAGCUCUUGCUAUAGCCCAUGGCUUCCUCAGAGGCCUUGGCUUAGUGUGGUGAUGCCCUACGAGCGCACCACGAGCCCUGAGCAGAGCAGCUAGGACACCUCCCUGUCACUUGCCAGGACUCCCUUGAGUGGAUCGGGGCAGGGCUUGGGACAUCUGCCUCUGCUCCCACACACCCGCAGUUGGCUCUCACAGAAUGUAAUUUAUUGGGGCCUCCCUCCGCUGCUUUCCUCACCCCCUUCCCUGCCUAUCACACCCCAGCUUUCUUUCUCCCCACAUAUGUAUGUGUAUACAAUUAUAUAUAUAUAUAUUUUUGCCCAGGUCUGGGUUUGUUCCUGCUCAGACCCCGGCACUCCUUUUCCACCAUGUGUGUGAUCCAGCUGGGAGAGGGCACUCUGCUUGGAAUUAAAAGGUUGCAUUGGGUCCCU